AUGGGGAAGAUACUAGAAAAGGUAAUCAUCAACAGGAUCAGACACAGCCUACUCCCCAGGAUGAGCAGGAGGCAGUAUGGAUUCAUGCCAGGAAAGAGCACGGAGGAUGCCCUCUACGAUAUCUUGACAAAAGCGAGGAGCCACAUUAAAAACAAGGAAAUAGUGCUGAUGGUGUCGCUAGAUAUCGAGGGGGCUUUCGACAACGCAUGGUGGCCAGCGAUCAAGUACCAACUAGCAAAGAAAGACUGUCCCAAGCAACUAAGGCUGGUAGUGGAAGACUACUUUAAAGGCAGGAGGGUGGUGGUCCGCUACGCAAACAGAGAGCAUGUGAGGCGACCUGAAAAGGGAUGCAUUCAGGGCUCGAUUAGUGGCCCCACCUUCUGGAACAUCUUGCUCGACCCACUACUGGUCGAACUAGAAGAGGAUGGGACAUAUGCACAAGCUUUCGCAGACGAUGUUGUGCUGAUGUUCAGCGGAAUGGACACGCACUCCAUCGAAAACCGAGCAAACGUUGCCCUCGAGUAUGUGAGGAAGUGGGGUAUCGAGAACAAGCUCAACUUCGCGCCACAAAAAACCAAGCGAUGGUCCUGA